GGGUAAGUACCAUUAAUAAAAAUAAGAUAUGAUAAUCCAAAACCGAUUUGAUUCAAUGACAAGACAAGAUAAGACAACGCGAGGCGAGGCGAGGCAAGGAAAGGCUAUACACGAAACGACACGAAACGACACGAAACGACAAGACACGACACAACGCGGCAAGAGUUUUAAGGCAGGACAAGGCAAGACAGAAAAGGACAUGACAGAAUGUGAAGGACAGAAUAGGACAAACGGGAUAGGAAAGUGUAGGACUGCAGAAGAGAGAACAGGACAGGACAGGACAGAACAGAACAGAAAAGGAAAGGGAAUGACAAUACAGACCAGAACAGAACAGAACAGAUCAGGACAGGACAGGACAGGAACGGGAAAGAUAGAACAAGACAAGACAGGACAAAACACUACAGCUCACAUGGGACAGGGCAGACUCCGGACGAUACAGGAUAGCAUAGGGCAUUCAGGACAAGAUAAAAGAGGACAGGACAUAGCUCUUAGGACAGGAGAAAAAAGGACAGAAAAGGACAGAACAGGUCUGGAGUGAACAGGUCAGGGGUGGACAGGAGACAAACCACACCAAAUCAAGGCAAUCGAACUUAGACCAAAUAACAACAACAACAACCAAACAAAGCAAAACAGAACGAAACAAACAAACCAAACAGAAGAAAACGUCUUUUUUGUAGUAUACAAUAAUCACUUUUUGUUGUUGUUGCUG